UUAAUUGUUAUUCAACAAGAUCUUUUGAUAAUAGAGACCAAAAUUUCAAGUAUGCAAAGAGUCGUUAUCCAUUUGUUUUUGCAGUAUCAAUAGUAACACUUAUAAGAAAUAAAAUAUUUCCUUUAUCAUACAAUUCAAGGUCAAAGUCAACUUCAGCAUUACAUGUAUCUUCAAUAUAUCUAUUGAAAUUUGAGAUUGUGUUCAUUGAUAAUGAGUAG